AUGUCAAGUCUAGCGGUUACUCUGAAAAACGCUGUUGCUGAAUAUCAAUCUCAAAACUCAUACCAAGUGCUUCGGUUCCUCCUAUAUAAAAGAGAAGAUCAAGAUAUAUUUCAAAAGCGUGAUGCAGAGCCCGUGCAGUGCUCUGGUGAUGCCAACGAGUAUGGAGAUUAUGGUCAUAUGGGCGUCCGGAUUGGUGCAAUUUUUGUUAUUUUGUUUACUUCUUUGAUUGGAGUUUGGCUGCCUCUCACUUUGUCCCAUCUCAUGAAUAACCAGGCAAGUGUUGUGAUCACCUAUUUUUACUUGUUCUGUCGUUAUUUCGGAUCUGGUGUCAUUUUGGCUACCGCUUUCAUUCAUCUUUUAGCUCCUGCCUGCCAUAAGUUAUACGAUCCCUGUGUAGAAGACUUAUUUGGGAGUUACGACUGGGCUCCUGGUAUAUGUCUAAUUUCUUGUUGGUUCAUGUUUAUCGUUGAAGUCAUACUUUCUCGGUUUGUCGAAUGGAGAUAUGGCAUGUCCCAUUGUCAUAACCCCAAUUUAGGUACUCAUAGCCAUAACCAUGAAGAAGAAGGCGCUUACGGUAUUCAUUCUCAUGAACACUGUCAAGAGGACAUUGAAAACCGUCCCGGUAGUCCUAAAGAUAUCGAAGAAAUCAAGCUCAAAUCAGUCUCCAACACUGAAAACAGUGAUUUGGUCUCCAUUGAAGAAUCUAGAAAAUCCUUACUUUAUCAGCAAAUUGGAGCUUUUCUCGUCUUAGAAGCCGGUAUUAUUUUACAUAGUGUAAUUAUUGGUUUGACCACAGCUAUCUCAGGUGAAGAAUUCAGAACUCUAUUUCCUGUCGUAGUGUUUCACCAGGCUUUUGAGGGAACUGGUCUAGGUGCUCGUCUUUCAGGUAUGGCUUGGCCUAAAGGCUUCAAUGUUCAACCCUGGAUUAUGGGAGGAACUUAUGCUUUGUUUACUCCUAUUGGUAUGGCCGCAGGUUUGGGUGCUCGUGAACACUGGAAUCCUCUUAGUCACGGUACGUACGCUGCUCAGGGUGUGUUGGACGCAAUUUCUUCCGGUAUCCUUAUAUAUGCUGGUUUGGUUGAAUUAUUAGCUCAAGAUUUUCUUUUCGACCCUAAUAGAGAGCGCAACUGGCUUAAACUUAGCUUUCUCUUGUUUUGUGCAAUGGCAGGUACUGCUCUCAUGGCCUUGCUUGGAAAAUGGGCGUAG